AUGGAGCUUGAAACUUCCAAACCCAAUGGAAACAAAAUUCCGUGGUUAUUGUUGCCUGAGGAAACUGUCCAGAAUCAUUCGUACGAAGACAAGGAGAUUCAUCAUCUCAUGCAAUUAGCUGAUGCAGAUGAUGAAACUCUUGAUACUUGUGCCCUUGAAGAGAAAGAUAUUUACCAUGUCAUGCUGCCAGAGAUGCAGUCAUACAACAAGUUCAUCCACGGUUCUGGUCAUGGAUGGUUGAUUGUCCAAUGCAUAUCUGAUGGUACUAUGCAAAUGUUAAAUCCAUUUACAAAUCGUAGUUUUGAUCUUCCUCCAGUCUCAACUUUACCCGAUAUAAUUGAUUACCAGCCUGAUAAUCAUGGGAAUGAAUACACACUGUGGGAUUUUCAUGAUAUUAGGAGCACCGUGGAUAGAGAUAAAGUGCAUAGAUUCCAAGUUUAUAAGGUUAUUAUAAACUCAUCUCCUGAGCAUGACAUUGAAAAUUUUAUGGCGGUGGUGAUAUUCGGACCUAACCAGAGACUAGCCUUUUACAAGCCUGGCAAUAUGAGAUGGGUAGAAUUUCCAACAAGAGAUAAGGAGUUUGAAGACGUAAUAUGUUUUCAAGAAAAGAUAUAUGCCAUCAACGAAGAGGGGCAGCUAUAUGAAUUUGAUACAAAGACAAGAGCAGGGCUUAAGGGAGGAAUCCAUGAAACCAGAUCUCCAUCUGAAAUUCCUGUAGGCCCUCUCGAGCCUAAAUAUCUUAUUGGGUGCGCCAAUGGAAGCUUAUUGAUGUUGGUAAGAUAUACAGUGAGAAAAAGCAAAGAAGAUGAAACUUUCAAAUUCGAUAUCUAUGAGUUAAAAAGAAACAGAAAAGAGUGGUCAACAUUAGAUAAUUUAGGUAACUAUAUACUAGUGAUUGGAUUUAAUUCUUCUGAAUUCAUGUGCCUUUUCUAA